AGUCACGCCGGACGGAGCGUUUUCGUGUGGACACUGCCCCGGGGCACUCAGCCGCGAAUCCCGAGCCCGCGGCGGAGGCUCGGAGAGUGCCGGACAGGGACCGGGGAAGAAGGCUAAGCCCAAGCUCAGACGCACAGAACCGGCUAGCUGCUAGUUGGAGAGAUCGGACCCCAGAGCUCCUCCAACUGUCCUCCUGCCGUUGGCUGCCUCUUCAAAGAGCUCCGAGCAGAAAAGGGAGGUGGCACUUAAGCAAAAGGCCUUGGGGGUUCCAAGUCCAACUUGUCCCCGGCCUGUGAGGGUGUGGCUCAGUUUGCCCAUCUGUAAAGGGGCGAUUAGUCCCCGCCUCGUGGAUGGGGAAACUGUGAGGCGGCCGAGAAGACCACACGCUCUCAGCCGAGGCCGUCCGCCCCACCCGCGGCCCGGGAGCGUCUCUGCCCACCGCGGACCGUUGUCUGGGGCGGAGUCUUCGUUCUCCUCUGCGCUCGGGAACUUGGGACGGACCCUUGCCGCUGGGGCCACACCGGGCCCCGGCUCGGCGGGGGGCGCGCCGGAAGUGCUCCUGCGGAAGCCGGCGGGGCGGCGCGCGCCCCUUCACCAUGGCGACGGCUGGGGCCCCGCGGCGCUUCUGCCGCUGCGCCUGCUUCUGCUCCGAGAACUUGUACGUGGCGCGCUACGGGCUCCACGUGCGCUUCCGGGGCGAGCAGCAGCUGCGCCGGGACUACGGCCCGAUCCUGCGCAGCCGAGGGUGUGUCAGCCCCAAGGACUUCCAGCAGCUGUUAGGAGAGCUUGAGCAGGAGGUGGAGCGACGGCAGCGGCUGGGGCAGGAGUCGGCUGCCAGGAAAGCCCUCAUCUCAAGCUCCUACCACCCAGCGCGGCCUGAUGUCUACAACACGCUGCAGGAUGAGGCUCUGGCCCCCGAGUUUUUGGCUGCAACUGAGUACAGCACAUCACCGGGUGCAGACCUUGAAGGCCUUCUCCAGCGGCUGGAGACGGUGUCUGAGGCGAAGCGUAUCUAUCGGCUGCCAGUGCUCACGGCACCGUUCUGCCAGGCCCUGCUGGAGGAGCUGGAGCACUUCGAGCAGUCAGACAUGCCCAAGGGAAGACCCAACACCAUGAACAAUUACGGGGUGCUGCUGCACGAGCUAGGCCUGGAUGAGCAGCUGGUGACGCCGCUGCGGGAGCGCUUCCUGCAGCCACUGACAGCGCUGCUGUACCCAGACUGCGGUGGGGGCUGGCUCGACAGCCACCGGGCCUUCGUGGUCAAAUACGCGCCAGGCCAGGACCGCGAGCUCGGCUGCCACUAUGAUAACGCUGAGCUCACCCUCAACGUGGCCCUUGGCAAGGCCUUCACGGGGGGCGCCCUGUACUUCGGGGGCCUCUUCCAGGUGAGUGUGUGUGGCCCACGGCGCAGGGCCUGGGGCAGCCGGGAGCGCCCAGGCCUGAGCCCCGCUUUCUGCAGGCGCCUUCAGCCCUGGCCAGGCCCCUGGAGGUGGAGCCCGUGGUGGGCCAGGGCAUCCUGCACCGGGGCGGCCAGCUGCACGGGGCUCGGCCCCUGGGCACGGGCGAGCGCUGGAGCCUCGUCGUCUGGCUCCGGGCCUCUGCUGUGCGUAACCGUCUGUGCCCCAUGUGCUGCGGCAAACCUGACCUGGUGGACGACGAGGGCUUCGGCGACGGCUUCACCCGCGAGGAGCCCCCCACGGUGGAUGUGUGCGCUCGGACUUGAGCCAGGCCGGGCGUGUGGGGGUGGCAGUGGCAUGGCGGCCCAGGGCUCUGCCUCCUGGGGUUGGGUGGGACGGGAAUAAACUCCCUGCAGCCUUCAGGUACUUCUUGGUUCAAAAGGACACACCAGCUUCUGCGUCAUUCUUUUCCCAGACAGGCGGGCUUGGGUCAGGUUUGUUAGAGCCAGAGCCUGAGAUGGGGAUUCCUGGGCAGGUGGUUUGUUGAAGGAAAACCUUCAGGAGAAGGGCGGGAGGGAAGGACAGGGUGGGAAGGAGCUGGGCCAAGAUGUGAUUUCAAAGGGCAUCCAGCCUCAGCCCAAUCCCGCAGAACUCUCUGGAGCAUGAAUCUAGCAGUCUGCCCCCUGCGUCAGAGAGGCUAUAGGGUGUGUCUGGGCUGUGCUGGGCGGGUGAGUGGGGAGGUGGCAGUAACUUCCCAGAUAACCAUCUCCAGGGCAGGUUGGCUCCCAGUGACCAAGGGAACCUUCCAGAGAAGAGUACAGGUGAGUCAGGAACACACACCACGGCAGGGAUGGAGAGCAUCUGUCUAUAAAGGGGAUUGGGGUGAGCCACCAACAGCAACUUCUAGUUGGUGAUGAGUGCUUAGCACAGCGGGGUUUAAGAGCAGGGACUCUGGAGCUAGACUGCCUGGGUUCAAAUUCUGAUUCUGCGGCUUCCAGUGGUGUGACUGUGGGGCAGCCACGGGGCCUCUUUGUGCCUUGGUUUCCUCUCCUGGAAAGAACCUAUCUCCUAAAGCUGUUGUGAGAGUCAAAUGAGUUAACGUUCAUAAAGUGCUUUACAGCA